CCGAUGAGAAGAAGAGGCGUAACAUUGUACCGGAUGUGAGCAUUUGGUGUUUUUAAAAAUUCGGCGGUAGCUUGCAUGUCCCUUUCUAGUUAGAUGACUCAUUAUUAGGCCUUUACGAACACUUUAAACGAAAGCGUCAGGAAAGUGGACACCCUUCAGGCCAGCUAAUGUAAACACGGCUGUUAAAAUCACCCUCCAUGAAAGCUUUUCUCCAUCUUUUGCCAUUGAUAUCAUAAACAAAAUCCAACUCUCUCAAACUUUAUGAUAAUAAUAAUCAUAAAAGAAUAGCACUCAUACACCAUAAAUUAUUUUCUACAUUAUUCCUGCAACUGGCUGCGACAGGACUAUCAUGCUGCAGCAUCAGCAGUGUGAAGAGCGGCUAGGACCUUUGGGAAAACUUUCUCCUGGGGAGAAUAAGCUUGAGGGGAAGACGUUUUAUCUGGACAAUGUAAAGAAACGUCCUACAGCCCUGCUUUUGGAAGCCAUCGCUCUUCUUGGAGGGGGGGUCGAGAGCUUCCUCCACAGGGAUGUGAGCUUUGUGGUUACGGGAAGUCAGGAGAGACUGGAAGAGAAAAGGCUUGCAGGAAACAAGAGGAGCGAAGAGCCUCGGCGGCCUGUGAAGCAGCAAGAAACUGUUCUUGACAGCUGCAAACCGCGAGCAGGAACUUCUCGGCCAGUGGCAUGCGGCAGCCGAGGAAAAGCGUUACUUGAAAAAGCCAUUCGCAAUAAUGAGCGGCUGCAGGCGAACAAUGUGUUGGCUAAUGCCCGUUCAUGGGGAGUUAGCAUUGUUCAUGUAGAUGAUGUUCUUUGUUACUUGAAGAAACUGAACAGUGAACGUGUCAUUGGGAAACACAGCAGAGCUGAGAGGACAUCCACCAAGCAGCCUUCGUGCCGUGUUGUCAAAGCUGUCCCUCUGAGAUCUCCUUUCCUCAAAAUUGAAGACCGUAGCAGGAAGUACAAACCUUUGCACAUGCAGUCAAUGACCUUCCCUUCGCUUUAUUACUCGGGUCAAUUCAGUCCUUUCGAGUCGCCACCUCCUCCUCGCUUUGAGAAGACUGCGCAAGGAGAAAAAAAAUCAAGACCAAACAGCAAAGUCAAAAGCUGCAGUAAGGAGAAAUCUCCAAACCAGUCUCCUUGGCAGCCACGCAAAAAAGCCAUCUCUUUCUGUGAAUGUUGCCUUCAGCCCGUCACUAACCUGGAUGAGCACUUACAAUCUGAACAGCAUCGCGCCUUUGUGCUGGAAAGCUCCAAUUUUAGUGCCUUGGACUGUCUUGUGGUUCAAAUGGUUCCCAUAUUUGACCUCAAUCCCUCUGAACAAUCCGAAGAAGCCCUGAAUAGACCACGAGCUAUUCUGCCCAACCCGUACAACUGUGAACUGGAGCCUCUGACUGAUGCAGAAACGGGACAUGAAGUUCAAGCCUUAAAAGAACAGCCCUUCUCCUGUCUACCUGCUCAGGAUGUUCCUCCUCAGACUAAAAAAUCAUCAGAGGAACCGAUUCCCAUCCCAAAUCCAGUCGUGAUAUCAUCUGACAUCAAGUGUCCUGAACCGGACAGCGUCGCCCACCAGUCAACUACGCCGAUGCCAAUAUUGGACUUGGCGCCGGAAGUUCAUUUUCCGGCCAGCCUCCAGACUCGUCUUAAUACACAAGAUCUCUCAUUUGACCCGUACUCCCUGCCUCCAGUCCUCAGUCCGCAAGUCUUCACUCCCGAUGACAUGGAGUACUGUUGUCUAUACUCAGAACCUCCUGUCCUCAGUCCUCAGAACUACUCCAAUGAGGACCAAGAAUGCGAAAUGGAGAUAAUGGCAAGUGUCUCUGAAUCUAUUCCCAUCUCCAUUUUCACAUUUCCUUCUGUAGCAGUGCUCAAUACUGAAGAACUAAAGGGCUCCCAACCAGAGGUAGUUUUAAAAGAGCCCGUGUGUCUUUUGGAGCAGUCUCGCCCGGCAACUCCCAACCUCAAAAAACGCCGUCGGUUUUCCAGCUGCGAGCACAACUGCAAGAAAAGGACAAAGAUAGAGGAUCUCACACAAUCAGAAAGUCACAUUAUUACAAUGGAUGAGGCAUUUUGUAUUUCGGAGAGUGCAACUGUUCAAAAAGUGCAGUUGAAAGGAAAUGACUCUCUAACAGACAGAAUUUACCUUCCUGAAGGAGACAGUCUACAUUCUCCCUUCAAUAUAUCGGGUGUUGGAACAAGAUGGUUGCCCGCUUCACAGAUUUCUUCACAUCAACCCGGGCAAGACUCACAACAAACCACACCGGUGUGCAUCGAUCCAGCUCUGAUCCCGGACGUAGCCCGGCUUGAUCCAUCCUCAUCCGACUGGGACUGCGAGCUGAUGUCUGGCCUGGGCUACGCACGUAACGGAUCGCCGUCAGGCCGGUGUGAACCUGCGGCGGACAAUCUGGAUCAAGACUUCAUCCACAGACCGUGCACGUGGAUGGGUGACACCAGCUACGAGUCGCGGCUGCACACCGCCCUGCAGCUGCCCACCCCCGCUGUGGAGCCCUCAAAUUUUUCCAGAACUGUGGUGCAGAUCGUUGAGGUUCUUCACUGACUGUCUUUGUGAGGAUUUUGGCAAACACUGUUCUUUCAAAAUGUAUUUAACCCACAUAUUAGUGAGUUAUCUUCAAAAUUUCAGAGUUAAUGCCCGACAGUGUUACUUAAAACCUUAUGAAUUUUAUUAUUUUUAUUAACUUAAUUUGUUUAGUUAUAUGAUUUUGGUACUUAUGAAUUUUGUCUUAUUCUGGAGUCUUGAUACAUGCAGGAAGCAAUUUUUCAUUACAACAGUUUCAACAUUUUAGUCAUUUGGAAUAUUUUCAAUAUUUUUCCCAACUGAACUUGCUGCAAUAAUUCCAAAUUGCUGUAAUGAUCUGUUUCUAGAGGGUACAACUGUACAUUUAAUGUUUUGAAAGUGAGUACAUGACUUUUUUUUUUUUAUCUGCAAAACUGCUGCCAGUGUUAUCAUGCUGAUAAGUCUUUCAGCAGCUGUCUGGGACUUGCACUGGGACUUUAAUUAGGUGUUUUCCGAAAGGGGCAUUAUUCAAUUACUUUGAGUGCUUUGGAGCAGAUCCCAGUUGAGUUCGUGUUCUGUUCAGCCAAGCGUUUGGAAAAGGAGAACUCGCACUCGUUUUCAAUGGUCUCCAGUGCGCUCGUUGGAAGUGGAUCUAAAUGUUAUGAACUGUUAAGUGUAAAAUUGUUUUAAAUAAAUGUUUUUAAAACAA